AUGUCUGACGGCAUCAGAGCUGGACUACCUCAAAUCCAAAGUGCACUGGCGGCACUUGUUAACAACCCAGUGCGUCUUGACGGCGACCGGUCGCGGUUUAGUCGUUCUCCACCGCCGUACAAAUCUCAUCAAUCGCACAACUCAACGCGAUCCCAGAGUCCCGAUGGCCCUAUCGAGACGCGACGGCAGUGUGAGGAACGUCAGUGGCACCUGCGAAGAGACCACCAGGCUUCACGUCCUUACCAGCAAUUUGAUGACGAGGUGAAUGAUACAGAAACGUGUAUUAUUGAAGCUCUCGAGAGUCGAACAAUAGCUGUGCCUGACGGAACUAACUUGCAUGACUUGGCGUGUGAGACAGUCAAGCAGAGAUGGAUGGAAGAAAAGAUAUGGAGGAACGAAUGGAGAGAUAUGCCCCAAUCACAGUGGACGCAUGAAACAUCGCCAGAGCCGUCUCCUGACUGCCAAAUCGAUACGGAGGGAGCGUCGAGGUCAGGUGACUUCUCCACUUACUGCUCGAUCAUACAACAAGCUCCCAAACGACAGACAACUGGCAAAAGCAUACGACAUGCCGCCGAGCGUCGACCCACAGGGAUCCGCAACGGCGACGCAUCGCGUCCGUUCUUCCGAUUCAUUUAUCAGAUAUCAACGGAGCGCGUCCGUAUCCAAAGCGAAACGGCAGGUGGCUCCCUAUCCACGUCACCGGAUAUCAACACAAGAGCCUACGAAAAAGUGAAACAAGCCUGGGUUACUAGGGGCAUAUGGGAUAGUGAAUGGGGCACCUUACCUGGAAUGAUUUGGAAGCAUGAACGACCGAUAUUUCCGUCUGAAGAUGGUUUCCCCUCAAACCAAGGCCCCUCCGAUGAUUCGGCGUACCCUCCAGAUAGGGUCUCGUCGAUAUUUGACACGAAUGUGUCUGGAAGCUUGGUAUCUGGACCGGAGAUGAACGAUCAGCAGGUCCGAAUUGCAGGAAAACGCAGGAGCAAACGCUUAAAGUCGAAGGCGGAACAGGCUCGGCUUGUUACUUCCAAGGAUUCUGCACAUGUAACUCGAGGAAAUGGGAAGCGGGCGAAUGUUACUUUGGAGGGGAACAUUGCAAAACGUCGGGGAGGCUCCGGCGAAAUACGCAGGAAAAAGUAG